AUGAAACGAAAAGAACGUAGCUGGAUGUACGAAAGGAAGGUUGGGAAUUCUAUUAAUCCUGAGUUCUUGAAGGGGGUAGGUGAAUUCCUUAAAUAUGUGGAAGAUCAUCUCGAGAGUAGCAACUCGAAUGAAGUUAGGUGUCCAUGUUUUAAAUGCAAAAACAAACGUCUUUGGGAUGCGGAUACGGUUAAACUUCAUUUGUAUCGCAGUGGUUUUUUACCUAAUUACUAUGAGUGGAUGUGUCAUGGGAAAAGGUUUCCAGGAACUCGUGGAAGGAAGUCAAAUGAAUAUCGUGAAAUGGUUUUGGAUGCAUUUGGUCAGUCUCAAGAUCAAGGGCAUUCCGAAGAGGCGGUUGUUUCAUUAGAGGAGGAGCCUAAUGCACAAGCUAAGCCAUUUUUUGAUUUGUUUAGGUCUUCUGAACAACCGUUAUACGAAGGGAGUUCAUUGUCUAUGUUAGAGAUGGCUUCUAGAAUCACUAGCCUAAAGUGCGAGUAUAAUUUGUCGCACAAAUGUGUUGAUGGAUUUGCUUCUUUGGUUAAUGAAGCGAUUCCUAACAGCAACCACAUGGCCGAGACAUUCUAUGAGGUCAAGAAAAUUGUUAAGGGGGUGUGUGGCAGCGACCGAUACAAGAAGACUUCUAAAGGUAGCUUAGUGCCUCUGAAUGUUCUAUUUUAUUUCCCUAUCACACCUAGGUUGCAAAGGCUUUUUGCAACUAAAAACAUUUUCGAGGAAAUGACAUGGCAUGCUAAAAAUCCUCGAGUUCAAGGCACAAUGGCACACCCUAGCGACAGUGAAGCGUGGAAACACCUUGAUAGUUGCUUUCUUGAGUUUUCCUCUGAACCUCGCAAUGUUCGACUUGGCCUAUGUACUGAUGGAUUUGCUCCACAUGGUCAAUUUGGGGGAUAA